AUGGGGGAGACCCUUAUUCAAAUGGUAACAGCCCAGCACAUGUCUGGAGCUGCUAUGUACGAGCUGGUGAGAGUGGGACACGAUGAACUGGUCGGGGAGAUCAUUCGUCUGGAGGGAGACAUGGCGACCAUCCAAGUCUACGAAGACACAUCGGGUGUCACAGUGGGGGACCCAGUGAUGAGGACAGGCAAGCCUCUCUCUGUGGAACUGGGACCAGGUAUCAUGGGCAGUAUCUUUGAUGGUAUCCAGCGCCCUCUGAAGGACAUUAAUGAACUCACACAGAGUAUCUACAUUCCAAAAGGUGUGAACACGCCUGCUCUUGACAGAGGCAUUCAGUGGGAGUUUGAACCUCAGUUCAUCAGGGUUGGCAGUCACAUUACAGGAGGAGAUGUGUAUGGCGUUGUCUAUGAGAACAACCUGAUCAAACACAAGAUCAUGUUGCCCCCCAAGGCCAGAGGCACAGUCACAUGGAUGGCAGACCCAGGCAAUUACACUGUCAAUGACGUGAUCUUGGAGACGGAGUUUGAUGGAGAGAAGUCGCAGUACACCAUGUUACAGGUGUGGCCUGUACGUCAGAUGAGACCAGUGGCAGACAAACUGGCCGCUAACCACCCCCUACUCACUGGACAGAGAGUGCUGGAUGCUCUUUUCCCCUGCGUCCAGGGGGGUACCACAGCCAUUCCAGGUGCUUUCGGUUGUGGCAAAACUGUCAUCUCCCAGUCACUGUCCAAAUUCUCCAACAGCGACGUGAUCAUCUACGUAGGCUGUGGAGAGCGUGGCAACGAAAUGUCUGAGGUAUUGAGGGAUUUCCCAGAGCUGACAGUAGAGAUUGGAGGGAAAGAGGAGUCUAUUAUGAGGAGAACUUCACUGGUGGCUAACACUUCCAACAUGCCUGUGGCUGCUAGGGAGGCUUCUAUCUACACAGGUAUCACCUUGUCUGAGUAUUUCCGUGAUAUGGGCUACAAUGUCUCCAUGAUGGCAGACUCCACAUCCAGAUGGGCUGAGGCCUUGAGAGAAAUUUCAGGACGUCUGGCAGAAAUGCCUGCUGAUUCUGGUUACCCAGCAUACCUUGGUGCUAGGCUGGCGUCUUUCUACGAGCGUGCUGGCCGCGUGAAGUGCAUUGGGAACCCAAGCCGAGAGGGAAGCGUCAGUAUUGUGGGGGCUGUGUCUCCCCCUGGUGGUGAUUUCUCAGAUCCUGUCACCUCGGCCACUCUGGGUAUCGUCCAGGUAUUUUGGGGAUUGGACAAAAAGCUUGCCCAGAGGAAACAUUUCCCCUCCAUUAACUGGCUGAUCAGUUACAGUAAAUACAUGAGAGCUCUGGAUGAUUACUAUGAGAAAGCUUUCCCCGAGUUUACCCCCUUGAGGACUAAGACAAAGGAAAUUUUACAAGAGGAAGAAGAUCUAUCAGAAAUUGUACAGCUGGUGGGCAAGGGCUCCCUUGCUGAGGCAGAUAAAAUUACAUUGGAAAUUGCUAAGAUUCUCAAGGAUGAUUUUCUACAACAGAAUGGUUACACCCCCUAUGACAGGUAUUGCCCAUUCUACAAGACCACAGGGAUGCUGAAGAAUAUUAUCUCAUUCUAUGACAUGGCCCGCCACGCGGUGGAGACAACAGCACAGAGUGAGAACAAGAUUACAUGGGGAAUCAUCAGAGAAGCCAUGGGAGACAUCAUGUACAAACUCAGUAGUAUGAAGUUCAAGGACCCAGUUAAAGAUGGAGAAACAAAAAUCAAAGCAGACUUCGAUGAACUUUAUGAAGAGAUGGUGCAAGCAUUCAGGAAUCUGGAAGACUAAAGCCAGUUGCCUGUGGCCUUUAUCUUAUAUAACAUUUGACUGACCCUAGGAUCACCCUGCUGUAUAUUGACCAUCAAUAGAAAUAUUAACACACACACACACACACACUUACACACACAGACACACACACACACACACACACACACACACACUUGUGAAUACUAUCACAACCUUGCACAUGUAGAAAUAACGAUAUAUCUGGUCACCAGGUGGCAGUCACUGUAGCAGACACGUGGGGUUAAGUUCACAGAGAAGGCGUAGUGGUUAGAAAAAAUUGUCUAGAUUCUAGAUAGAUUAUUACCUUUUGGACGUUAUUUUUUGUUCAUCUAAUUGAAAAAUGAAGAUAUUUUGAAACUAAAAGCGCCAAAGUAUUAUCUAAACUCUGGUAAAGAUGUGUGCCACACAUUUUACUGAUCCUUAUUUCAGCUCAUAUAUUGUGUAAGAAUUGACUGUACGUCUUGCAUUCAUUCCCUUGUCGUCGAUGGCAAUACUAAAGGUAGAAAUAACUGCUGAGUGCAAAGUAUCCAAGAAACAUCCGUAGUAAAUGAGUGAGGAUUUAGAAUAUGUUAUUUGUGUCAUGCACCAAUAUAAGGUCGUGAUAGUGUUGUAGAAAAUUAAAUGUGAUUCCCUGUAGAAUCGGCAUGAAAAUCAAACUUUUCUGUGUAUUUCUUCCGAUGAUGAAAACAACAGCAGCAGGACUGAAUCUUCUACUGACUGUUUUGAAUUUCUUAGUCGAUAGAUUGUACGUCACAUUGUUAAAAGGCCGCAUAUAAUUAAUGUGAGAAAGUGGACUGUCAGCAGUGAUGUUUGUUACUUAAUGUGUUAUAUGAUAUGCAUAAUUGUUUCCCCUCAACAGAGCAUAUUAUAUCUGUAUAUACAUGUGCGGCAUGUUGUAUACACUAUAGCUUUUCACAUCCCAAUCACACCCUGAGUCGUGUGACACGUGCUACAGGCAGCUUUGUACGUCAAAGGUGAAGGAAAUAUUUAUAUAUGUGUAUUUUUGAACUGUACAUUGUGAUACUGUAAAAAUUACCGUAACUUGUAAAUCAUGGAAUGUUGCGAUUAGAGAUAGCAAACUUGCAGCAAUUAAUUGUGUACCAAAACAAUGCGAUGGUUAUGCUGGAGUACAAAGAAGAAUAAAUAACCUGU